AUGCUCCAUUUCAUCAGGCAUUUAGCAUACCUCCAAACUAUCCAGCCGUUAUCACAAACUUCAACUGACCCACAAAAUAUAUCAACCUUUGAACGGAACAUACGGUGUUGCAACCUCAAAUUGACCCUCACACCAGCAUAUCAAAGUUCAUAA